AUGGGCAGUUCAAGCGAGUCCACCGAUCAGAUUGAUGAGCAGAUCUAUAUGCCAUCCACUGGCGGUGGUGUUUUCUCCGCAAGACACCCAGGGCAUGAAGACAAAUCCCUGCGUCGCCGGUCUACUGUCAAAGACGGAGAUGUCGAGACGGCGUCUGUCAAUGAGAAGGAUGAUUGUGUCGACGAGAGGGACUUUCACAAGAAGCAGACCUUUAGUGGAUGGCAGCUAGCAUGGCGAAAGGCUAAGGAGAUCGUGUAUAGGCUCGCCUAUCAAUCACUCGGGGUCAUAUACGGCGACAUCGGCACAAGCCCUCUAUACGUCUUUUCGUCUACCUUUAGCGACAACCCCAGCCAGGACGAUGUUCUCGGUGCCACAUCCCUCAUCAUCUGGGCCUUGACCAUCAUGGUGACUAUCAAGUAUGUUGUGAUCGUGUUGAAUGCCGAUGAUGAAGGAGAGGGUGGUACUUUCGCGUUGUAUUCGCUUAUAUCUCGAUAUGCCAAUCUGAUUCAGCGUGACCCCCGCCAACGCAAGUUGGUUCGUAUAGAGAGAUAUCAAGACCAAGACAUGCCCAAGCCCAAUCUUUUCAUUCGUUCUUGGAUGGAAAAAAGUGUGACCAUGGGGAUCAUAUUCAAGGUUGUGGGUGUCUUUGGCGUGGCACUUCUACUGGCCGAUGGUAUUCUUACCCCAGCACAGUCACUGCUUGGAGCAAUUCAAGGAAUAACCGUUGUCAAUUCCAAUAUCUCGCAGUCCACAGUCGUCGGUGUUUCAUGCGCCAUUAUCGUCCUGGUCUUCCUUAUACAACCGUUCGGAACGGGGAGGAUUGCUAACACGUUCGCUCCAAUCGUUAUACUGUGGAUGUUCUUCAACUUGAGUUUUGGAAUCUAUAAUCUUGUUCAAUACGACGCUUCUGUCUUCAAGGCCUUUUCACCAUAUUUUGCUGGCGCAUUUCUUGUCCGAAACCGACACGAUGGAUGGGUUCAACUAGGAGGAAUCUUGCUUGCUUUUACCGGAGUAGAGACACUAUUUGCUGAUCUCGGUGCUUUUUCCAAAAGAGCCGUGCAGAUUUCGUGGCUGUUCUUCGUAUAUCCAUGUCUAUUGAUAUCAUAUAUUGGACAAGGCGCCCAUAUGAUGGUUGAUCCGACUGUUUAUGCCAAUCCAUUCUAUUUGACCGUUCCACCGGGGAUGCUCUACCCCAGUCUGAUCGUAGCAAUUCUUGCUUGCAUUGUUGCUAGCCAGGCCGUCAUUACGGGUUCAUUUCAGCUUCUGUCUCAAAUCAUGAAACUUUCGUACUUUCCUCAAGUCGAAGUUGUUCAUACCUCGAAGUUAUUCCACGGGCAGGUCUAUAUCCCCCUGGCGAAUUGGAUCAUGAUGAUUGGAACAGUAAUUGUGACGGCCGUCUAUACGAAUACCACUGCUCUUGGAGAAGCCUAUGGAUCUUGCGUCAUUUUGGUCUCCUUUUUGACUACCUGUAUGGUCGCAAUCGUCGCCGUGGUUGUUUGGAGAUUCCCCAUAUACCUUGUUCUUCCAGUUUUCAUAGUCUUUGGUCUUUGGGAUGGCAUGUUCUUGUCAUCUGCACUCAGCAAAGUUCCACAUGGAGCUUGGGUCACUCUCAUGAUUGCUGUUGCCUUGACCCUGCUUUUUGUGUUAUGGCGCUAUGGCAAAGAACGACAGUGGAAAGCCGAAAACUCCGACAACGUUCCAUUAUCUCAGACGACAACAUUAAAACAAGGUCAACUUGCUCUACAAUCAAAAUUUGGCGAUUCCACGAUUGUCCCAAUCAACGGUUUGGGCAUUUUCUUUGACAAGGCUGGUCUUUCGAGCACCACCCCGCCCGUCUUCCUUCAUUUUCUGCAAAAGUUCGGCGCGGCGCCUGAUGUCUCUGUUUUCUUCCAUCUGAGAGCACUCGAUGUGCCUACUGUUCCACCAAAUGAACGGUAUACCAUCGGUCGUUGCUUUACCUAUGGCACGGAAGAUGGUAGCAAACAUGCAAUUCCAAAUACCUUCCGGCUGAUAGUGCGACAUGGCUAUACCGAUGAAGUCAUCACCCCAGAUUUGGGCGUUCUUGUUCUGGAUUUGAUCCGGGAGUUUUUGGACAAUGAGACGUCUAAAUCAUCUACUCCUUCGGCAACUGACAACAGUAAGGUAGCAGAGUCAGAAGCUUUGCAACGUGCAUUCAAGUCCCAAGUGAUCUAUAUUGUUGGCAAGGAGCAUCUUCGUAUUGCGCCAGGAACGAACAUUUUCAAGAGGCUUGUGUUAAUGAUCUUCCUGUAUGUCCGCGACGUGACUAGCAACAAAGUGCAGCACUUGAAUGUGCAGGCUGACCGGGUUGUGGAAGUUGGAUUCGUCAAGAACAUUUAG